AUCUAUACUGCAACUAUGAACCAAUCAACAUUUCAAUUUAACAUCCGCCCAUCUUGCCUCUCAGUCAUUCAAUCUAUUCAUACGCCUCGGUCCACCCACAAAAAAAACAACUCCAUUUCUUUUCCUAAAAUACGCUUCCACAACAACGACCAUUGCGUCAUACCACCGGAUCCUCAGUGGAUAAAAAGGCAGCACGUGGCCCCUAUAGCUUCAGUUCAGAGCCGCUUCUCGUCGCCUGCUCAUCCGGUCCAGCUGAUUGGGAUUUCCAUGAUGACUUUUCGAGGAAUGGGUGCCUGCGUGGUGUGUGUCGCCGUGAUGCUUACGCUGACAAGCACCGUGCAGGCGGGGUCUUCAUACAGAGAGAAGCCUGGAUCGUGUCCGCUCUUCCCGGCUCCUCCACCCCCCCAGGACGGCCCACUUUCCCUUGGCGGCCGUGCUGACUUCGUACCUGAUCGCAAUUACGUUACUUGCCGCUCUGAUUUCGACUGCAUUGGCCGUAAGAAGUGUUGCCCGACUGGCGCUUGCUGUGGUACUGUUUGUACUGAACCGUGGGAUUGAUCUUAUUAUUGACAUUAUGGUUAUUAAGACUGCCCUGAAGAUAACCAUGGUUCAGCGUGAGCGAUCGUCAGAUAUCUGUAAUAGUAAAGAUUGUUGAUCCUUCAGAAUAAAAUUUGAAUAAAUAAUCUUGUUUGAUUCGUAA